UUUAGCUCUGUAAUGAAUCUAUGACGGCGAAGAGCUGAGCUAUCAGCCACGUCACCUCCUCGGAAGCGGUUUUCCUGUCUGUCCACGGCACACACGGAUCUGUAAGCGGAAUCCACGGAGUCUGUGUCUAGCGUCACGCGCACAGAGAGUGAGCCGUCCGACCGUGACCGCGCAGCUUGUCGCCUCUCUGCCCACGCCAGCACAGCACCCCUUUGGCGUUUUAUGAGCAGUGACUGCCUCCUGAGGACGUGCAAGGCCCGUGAGGAGUUGCAUUAAGGUUUUUUGCUUAACCAUGAAUAUCUUCCGUCUGGCGGGUGACGUGUCACACUUGGUGGCUAUCAUCAUCCUGUUGCUGAAGAUAUGGAGGUCCAAGUCGUGUGCUGGCAUCUCUGGGAAGUCUCAGGUGCUGUUUGCGAUUGUCUUCACCACCAGGUAUCUCGACCUGUUCACGGUCUACAUUUCUGCUUACAACACGGUCAUGAAGGUGGUGUUCCUGGCUUUGUCCUAUGCUACAGUGUACUUGAUCUACAUGCGCUUCAGGAACACGUACGACUCUGAGAACGACACUUUCCGCGUGGAGUUCCUGCUGGUCCCAGUCACCGGGCUGUCCUUCCUGGAGAACUAUGCUUUCACCCCAAUGGAGAUCCUGUGGACCUUCUCCAUCUUUCUGGAAGCAGUGGCCAUAAUGCCACAGCUCUUCAUGAUCACCAAGACCGGCGAGGCGGAGUCCAUCACCACCCACUACCUGUUCUUCCUCGGCCUCUACAGAGCCCUCUACAUCGCCAACUGGGUGUGGCGCUAUCACACAGAGGGCUUCUUCGACCAGAUCGCGGUGGUGUCCGGCGUCGUGCAGACCAUCUUCUACUGCGAUUUCUUCUACCUCUACGUCACAAAAGUGCUUCGGGGAAGAGGAAAGAUGACCCUGCCGAUGCCGGUUUAAAACGGACCCCUCCACCACAGCCCUCCACCCUUCUGUGCCUGCCACGUAUCGGCAUCUGAGAGUAGAUCCUUCAGCUGUAUUUGUACUUAAUGAUAUAACUGGUCUGUGAUUGUAGUUUAGACCAUUUUUUUCUUUCUUCUUUUUUUGUCUGAUCGGUUCUUUGGGUUUAAGUCUGUACAUUUGCAGGAGUUUACAUGGUUGUUUUCUUAGUCCAUAAGAUGCAGGUGCGACACUGGAAGUGUGUCCCUAAUAUGCACCAGGCAAGUGAGCAACAGCAGUACAGAAGCAGUAUUUGUGCACGCUUGUGGGGGUUUUGUUUUUUGUUUUUCUUUGGAAGCUGAGGGUGACUGUGACUCUGGAGGUGCUUACAUUACAUCCUGAACAAUCAAGAGUAUUUUGAGCACAAAAAUGUAGCUGCAAUGUUUUUUGUACAGCACUCAGGUGGACUACACGUAAUUCUCUUUCAGUAUAAAUCCUUCACAUUUCACAUAGUCUUUAAAAAUAUGGUAGUGUUUGUACAUUUGUGCUCCCCGAUCUUUUUACGGCGUGUUGUCCUCUUUCACUCUGUGCUGUUAGACACUCCCUGAAUAGGUCACUGCGUUGUAUGCAAACCAUUUCCUUUCCUCACUGCCAGCUGCAAUCUGAUGAAUCCCUUCGUCAUCUUUUGUGUGUCAGUGCAUUUGUACAGAAGAGGAAAAAGGGCUAAAAUAUGUUGUCACUUGUUAUAUGAAGCCAAAGACGGAUAAGGUAACUGCUGCAAUGUUUUAAACAGUUCUUCUUUUUUUUUUUUUUAAAUCUUCCUGUGUUGUUACCUUAACCAAAUCACGCCAUUGUGUCGGGGGUGGAAAUGAUGGGAAAAAUGUUUUUUAAUGUAUUGUAUCUGUGUAGCGAACUAACCUAUUUUUGACAAAUACAAAUGUGUGAAGUCAUAA